AAGCGGCGCAGCGGCAGAGGGAUUUAGGUAAACUUGUCCCACAUGGCCAGCGGAACUUUAGUCCGCUAGUUGGGUCCUGUUCAACAAAGGAAAGCCGCUCAGAGCCCGUCGGACUAGGAACACACUAACCCAGUGACACAACGGAGGCAAACGAGGACACCUUUCAUUUAGGCCUACUACAUUUGCCAUAAGUAUUCCUACCUGUAACUAGCUAAAGGUGGUCAAUGUUCUCCCACGAGUAAAAAUAAAGGUGGAAAACGGUGUAGUCUACGAAAUGUGGAGCGGCUAAUCAUGUGUUCUGGUUAGCUAAAACAAAGCAAAUUUGAGGGUUUGUCACCAGAGUGGCACGAAGCCAAUAGCUGAAACACACACAGAGUGCUGCAGGCAGCCGGGUAACGCUAAAUGGAUCACCAGUUGUUGUGCUGUGAGGGGGACAGGCCUGCCAUCCGGAGGGCCUACCGGGACUCCAACCUGUUGAAUGACCGGGUCCUGCACGCUCUGUUGCGGGCAGAAGACAAGUACCUCCCUUCUCCCAACUACUUCAAAUGCGUCCAGAGAGAAGUAGCUCCGUACAUGAGGAGGAUAGUGGCUACCUGGAUGUUGGAGGUGUGUGAGGAGCAGAAAUGUGAGGAGGAGGUGUUCCCUCUGGCUAUGAACUACGUGGACCGCUUCCUGUCGGUGGAACCCACCAAGAAGACCCACCUGCAGGUCCUGGGAGCCGCCUGCAUGUUCCUGGCUUCCAAACUGAAGGAAACGAUCCCGCUCACUGCUGAGAAGCUCUGCAUCUACACAGACAACUCCAUCACCCCGACUCAGCUGCUGCAAAUGGAGCUGGUGGUUCUAAACAAGCUGAAGUGGGACCUGGCUUCAGUUACAGCUCUGGACUUCAUCGAGCACUUCCUGUCCCAGCUGCCGGUUGUGAGAGAGCACCGGCCCAUCCUCAGGAAGCACGCUCAGACCUUUGUGGCUCUAUGUGCCACAGAUGUUAAAUUCAUCGCCAGCCCUCCAUCCAUGGUGGCAGCAGGCAGCAUGGUGGCAGCGGUGGGGGGCCUGCAGAUGAGAAUGCUGGGCACAGCCAUGAUGUCUAAGACACUGACGGAGCAGCUGGCCCAGAUCAUCAGGAGUGACCCGGACUGUCUGAGGGCCUGUCAGGAACAAAUUGAGUCGCUGCUGGAAACCAGUCUCCGACAGGCACAACAACCGCAACACUCGGUUACCAUGGAGACUAAGAGCAUCAGUGAGGAGCAGGACGUCUCAACGACUCCCACAGAUGUCCGGGACAUAAAUAUCUGACCCAGGGCUGCCAGUUGUGCUGCUGGAGGAGGAAAGCAAAGCACGUGGAACUGACGACGUGGACGCUCAUCUUUGACCAAUACGGAGGCACACGUGUCGUGUGGACGCACACGUGUCGUGUGGACUCACGCGCGCUCACCAGAAUCUGGACUCAAGGACCUCAGGACUGUUCAUAUGAAGUCCAGUCUGAACUGUAGCUGGGACCAGAAGUGGGGGACACGGUCACGUCCAGGACAUUGACAACUUUUUUAAAACUGGAAAUCAGCGAACAUUCCAAUGAGUGAUGUCUGUUAAGAGUUGCUUCUUAUUGUUGGGCAGCAGUUGGAUGAACCCACCAACAAGUUGUUUCAAGGCCUAGAAGGCCCGUCUGAACCCACCCCUCCUCGCAAAAUUUAAACUGUAGGCUUAGACUCGGUGGCUGUUCUAGGCCAUUUCAAAUAGAGGGGCCAGGCUGGGGCCACAUGUGAUUUUAGGGGUACCAAAUAAGAGCAUGAGUGUUGCAUUCCACCAACCUUCCAUAGGUUUGGUUCUACAAAAGACUAAUAAUACACAAAUAACAAUACACACAAGAACACUCA